ACGUAGCGGCAGUUUCGUAGACACCGCUGCGCGCAAGCUACGCGACGCCUCGGCCGCGCUGUACAAAUCCUACCAAAAUUACUCGGUGAUUGUGUAUUUAAUUUGUGAUAUUUACUGAGUGCGAGACGACAGUUUACAGUGACGUACUCACAUGAUGUGCUAUGUGACGGAUCGCCGCAACUUGGUGUUUCAAGGUCGCCCUGUUUGAUGGUGUGAAAAAAUGGUAAAUAAAAUGUGGACAGUAUCGACUUAACAAGAUGAGAUGGCGACUGGCUGGAGGGAUGGGCAUACCGCUAGCGACAACCAUCUUUUUCAUGCUCCCACUCUUCACAUCAUCUACUGGUGACAUACGACACCAUGGCACUUCAAGAGGCAGAGUGUGGCGAGGCGGUGUACAACCUUCCGCCGAUGUGACAGCCAACAACUCCGUUAGCAAUGUGACCGCUCAACUUGGCGGCACGGCGUACUUACACUGCCUAGUUGGACAUCUGAGUGAGAGAGGACAAGUGUCAUGGAUAAGGAAGCGUGACUGGCAUAUAUUGAGUUCGGGGAAGUUUACAUACACCAACGAUGAAAGAUUUCAGGUCUUACACGGGGAAGGUUCGGAAGAUUGGACCCUCCAAAUCAAGUUCGUUCAGAAACGUGACAACGGCACCUAUGAAUGUCAGGUGUCAACCCGUACCGGAAUAGUGUCACACUACGUUCGCCUGCAAAUAGUGAUCCCUGAGGCUUUCAUAUUGGGCUCUGGAGAGCAUCACGUGGAUCUCGGCAGCGUGAUACAUCUCAUAUGUAUUGUAGAAAAGAGCCCAACACCACCACAGUACGUGUUUUGGUAUCACAACGAUCGGAUGAUCAACUACGAUGCGACGAGGGGCGGUAUCACCGUCGAGACGGAGCCAGGGGCCCGUACACAGUCCAGACUCACGGUCCGCGGGGCCACGCUCAAAGACUCCGGAAAUUACACGUGCAGCGCGAGCAACACUGAGCCAGCGUCUAUACACGUCUUCGUUUCUGAAGGCAGUAACAAAAUGGCCGCGAUACUUCGACGGAACACCAGCGCGAUCCACGGCAUCACAUCCAGCGGUACCUUCCUGCUACUCCUGACUUCAGCGUUGAUCCACUUCGGUCUGCGAUGACGAUGAACUGCGCCGGCGUAGUUAAGAUCGUGACGGCUGAUUGGGGUGGUCUACCGAUUACGUAUUGCAUUGAUGAAUAACCAAUACUUCAAGUAACGGUAACGUGAUUAUUUUAAACCGACUUCAAAAAAGGAGGAGGUUUCUCAAUUCCACCGUAUACGAGUAUAUGCUUUUUUUUGACAAUUAUUAUGAAUUAUUCAACUGUCCUACUCUGAUAUUAUAGAUGUGAAAUUAUAUAAAGAUAUUUGGAUGUUUGUUACUUAGUCACACUUAAACGAUUGAACGGAUUCGAAUUAAAUAUAUAGACAGGUUAUUCGUUUAUUCGAAUUUAACGCAGACAAUACUUUAAAUACUGAUUCGCGCGAACAAAGCCGCGGUAUACAGUUAGUAUAGAAUUCUUAAAUUUUAAUAUACCUCCUUACAUUUUAAUGUAAUAACUACCGGUCUAACUUACGUGUAAUUAGAUCGAGAAAGGUCGACUAGUUACAAGAUGCAUUCGUGAUACUUAAUCAUGAGCGGCUAUUACGCUCGAGACAUUAUAUUAAAAUAUAAUAUAUUCUUACGAAACAUUUAACAAUAAUAUUAUUUAUAAAAACGUCAAGACUGUCAUAAACCUAUUUCAGCUAUUGUUCUGUCUCUUUCUUUCGUGCUUAAUAUCAAAUUUGAAAGAGAGUGACAAAACAGUGUAAUAGAAUUGUAGAUGGUUUUUGUUUUUAUGAAUAAAAGGGGGUUAAAUUUUCAUUAUCUAUCAACAAAAACUAUCGGAUGGAUGAUUGUUUAUUGAUCUCUCACGCAAAAACUACUGAACGGAUUUGAAUGUAAUUUGGUACACGCGUAGAUUAUAUCCUAACUUAGCAUACAGGAUAAUUUAUGUACUAAUUCAGGGAAAAGCCGCGGGUUAGAUUUAUAGAAUAGAAUAGAAUAGAAAAUCAUAUAUUCAAAUAAACUUACAUUGAAGCACUUUUGAAUAGUCAUUACAUUUUUUUUUAAUCUACCGCUCGUUCGGAAAGCUGUCUCAUCACAAGAAGAACGAGCAAGAAACUUGCGUGUUGCUCUUUUAAAUAUUAUUAUUAUUAUUUUACAUUUUUAAGUUUAAGUGUGUGAAUACAAACCACCAAUUAGCACUAAUUCAAUUAAAUACUCAAAAAGAAAAAAUAUUGAAUACAUAACCAACUGGUUAAACAAUUAAUAAGAGGAAAUCAGUCAUAGUGAUUAGAGCAGACCAGUCCCUACAAGCAGCACCCGUUCACGAGUAUGACGGAUGAGCCAGCCAUCACUGCGCUCGACCAUGUUUUAGGGAGCCCAAUGACCCGGCCCACCACGCCGCCACAAGUCUGGACAUUUUAGUGAGCAUGACUACUCAAAACACUAGACCACGUCAAAGCUACUCACAAUUGCCAUCUGAUAGUUAUAGUAUUCACAUUUUACAUAAGAAUGCAUGCGGCAAUUAAUACAAAAACCGCUACGCUUUCAUAUUUCUAAAAUCAAUCAAUUAA